AUGGGGAAUUUUUUGUGUUGUGUGAAAGUUGAGCAAUCUACAGUUGCUAUAAAAGAAGGAUUUGGACGAUUUGAGAAGGUGCUUCAGCCAGGAUGCCAUUGGAUGCCAUGGUUCCUUGGGAAACAACUUGCUGGUCAUCUCUCUCUUCGACAACAACAAUUAGAUCUUCGUUGUGAGACCAAGACAAAGGAUAAUGUCUUUGUUAAUGUCGUUGCCUCAAUUCAAUAUCGUGCCCUGGCCGAGAGGGCCAAUGAUGCUUUUUACAGACUUAGCAAUACAAAGACCCAAAUUCAGGCAUAUGUUUUUGAUGUAAUUAGGGCAAGUGUUCCAAAGCUCAACUUGGAUGAUGCUUUUGAGCAGAAAAAUGAAAUUGCCAGAGCUGUGGAAGAAGAACUUGAGAAGGCUAUGUCAGCUUACGGGUUCGAAAUUGUUCAAACACUGAUUGUUGAUAUAGACCCAGAUGAUCGUGUGAAGCGAGCUAUGAAUGAAAUCAAUGCCGCUGCAAGAUUGAGGGUGGCAGCUAAUGAGAAGGCAGAGGCAGAGAAGAUCUUGCUAAUUAANCGAGCAGAGGGUGAGGCUGAAUCUAAAUAUCUCUCUGGAUUGGGUAUUGCUCGCCAACGUCAAGCAAUUGUGGAUGGAUUGAGAGACAGUGUGCUUGGAUUCUCAGUCAAUGUACCUGGGACGACUGCAAAAGAUGUUAUGGACAUGGUNCUUGUCACUCAGUAUUUUGAUACUAUGAAAGAAAUUGGCGCUGCCUCCAAGUCUUCUGCUGUCUUCAUUCCACAUGGGCCUGGUGCUGUUCGCGAUGUUGCUACCCAAAUUCGUGAUGGCCUUCUUCAGGCUUCUCAUGAGUAGCUUCUACUAAACCAAGAUCUUAUAUUUCCUUUGCAUUGGAGAAUGGUGAAGCUAUAGCGCCUGUGGUUAUAUACUUGUGUUUCUGUGCAUUUUUUUGUUAUUUGGUUUUAGAAUAAACUGCUAAAUUGAUCCUCCAAAAAUGAUAGCAUCAACUGAUUUAUCUUCUAAAUAUUUUUGGCAUCAAAUUAGUCCCACAAAUAUCUAAGACUUUACCACCUUUGUUCUAAAAUUAGUCUUUGAUUUGUAUCUUUGAGGGAUUGAUUUGUUGGCCAAAAUCCUUUGGAGGACCAGUUUCUGUGCAUUUUUUAUUUACAC